GCCCGAGAUCCAGAGCUGACCAGAAGCAGAGAUAGCAGGCUUUAUUCGCUCAGGCUAACUCGCUCACGGCUUUGGUUCAGGAUGGUAACUCGUAGUGCCGCGCGUCGUCACCGCAUCUCUCGUGCGCUCAGCUUCAAAAGUGGUCUAUCUCUAUGGCUGGUGCUAUGGCUGUUGGCAUGUCACUGUGCCCCAGGGAAAGCAUGUCCAAGACUGUGUGUGUGCUACCACAUGCCCAUGACUGUCAGCUGCCAAUCUCAGAACUUCUCCUCUGUCCCCGCUGGCGUGCCCUUUGAAUCCCAGCGUGUUUUCUUGCAGAACAACCGCAUCACCGAGCUCAGGGCUGACUCAUUUGGCUUUGAGACACAGGUCCUUUGGCUAUAUUCAAACAACAUUUCAUGGAUUGAGGCCGGUGCCUUCAGUAAUCUGCGUGUGCUAGAAGAGCUUGAUCUUGGGGACAACCCGUCCUUACGGCAAGUGGAUGGUGGUGCGUUCCGGGGCCUUGAAAGGCUACAAAGCCUGCACAUGCACCGGUGUGGUCUGACCGAGUUGCCUGCAGAUGUGUUCCGCAAGCUUUAUAGCCUGCAGUUCCUCUAUCUGCAGGAGAACCAGCUGAACCACCUGCCUGAUGGUGUGUUCUCUGACCUGGUCAACCUCACGCACCUGUUUCUGCAUGGCAACCGUCUUCGCAUAGUCUCUGAGAACGCCUUUCGUGGCCUUGUCAACCUUGACCGACUGCUUCUGCAUGAAAACCGCAUCCGACAAGUGCACCGCCGUGCCUUCCGUGACCUGGGCCGCCUCACCAUCCUCUACCUUUUCAACAAUGCACUGCGUGAACUUCCCGGACAGACGAUGAAAGACACAGCAGGCUUGCAGUUCUUGCGCCUCAAUGACAACCCAUGGGCAUGUGGCUGUGAAGCACGCUCUCUCUGGCAGUGGUUCCGUGAUGCACGUGUGUCCAGCUCUGAGUUGAUCUGCACCUCGCCUUCAGCUCGCCAGGGCCAAGACCUGCGCUUCCUGCGUGAGCUCGACUUUGCCACCUGCCCACUGCCUGAUCCUGGCUCUCUGACUGGCACCACCACCACCACCUUCAGCACCAAGACACGCUGGUGGUUCUCCAAGAACAAACCAGUUGCCUCGGCCAAGGGUGCUUACCAGAAGACCGCUGAGCUCCCUAAGGCCUUCCCCUUCUCCUCAGUGAAGAACGCCCAUUCUGCAGCAGUAGCAGCAGCUGCGGCCUCAGCAUCUAAGUACGAGUUGACUCCGGAGGAGGCUGCCUUGCCGAAACUUGAGCCCGAAGAGUACUGGGCCAAUUACGGCAACGAAGAUGCGACCUCAGUCCGAUGCUAUGAGCUCGAUUGCGACGACUCACAGAUCCUCCCUUCCUCUUCUUCUGCCUCUCCCUCGUUUUUGUAUCUCCUCUCUAUCUCUCUUCUGGCUUUUUCACUUCACUUGCUGUUUGGCUGAGUAGUGUUCCAAUCCCUUCUCUUUUCUUCUUUUGCCCUUUUUUCUGUAUUUGACCCCUGACGACAUGAUGGGGUCUGAUGCUGAGGCACACAUCAAUCAGCAGCCACAAAGACCACAGGAAUGGCAAAUAUGGCACAAACACACACACACAUGUGCACAAGCACAGACAUAGGUGUUCACAUUCAUAUGUGUAAAUGCAGAUAAACACUUUUAGAAUUACCUUUGGUGCUGCCUGGUGUCAUUUAAGAGGCAGAGUUAGGAGUGUUGCCUUGACUGCAACUCUCAGGAGACCUUGCAGCGCUACACUGGGCACUCUACUUCUGCAGUCAGUGACACAAAAGCAGACAGUGAGGUAGAUAGAGCUAGACAGAAAGUAAAUGGAAGUGUGUUGAGGGGUCAAACAAAACAUAACUCUGCAGUCUUUUCAGAGAUGUACUAUAAAACCUUCAUACAGCUGUAAAUACGCACUUCCGCCUUGUUACAUGAAGUCACUCAUAAACAACAGGAACAGGAAUGAUUGUGCACACAGUUUUCUCUUCUUCUUGUCUGUAUACUGCAGUGAGUUUUGCAUAUAAACAGAGUUUAUAAUUUAUGUGUGAGGUUAGUUUUGGCCUUUCACUGUGUUUUUUGUUUCAGAGAUUUGGAACUUAAUUAUAAUUAUAAGGAGACAUUUCACUGUACACAAAACUGUG